AUGAAUCAAUACUCAUAUAAACAUGGUUAUCUUUAAACAAAAUAAUUGUUUUGGAUUUCUAAUUAUUACUAUUUGGAUCAUAAGCACUUCUUUAAAUUUGAAAAUGAUUAGUCACAUUCUCCAAAUGAAGUUAUUACUUUGGAAUAAGUCAAAGUGGAGGGCCCAGAGAAAGUAGAUGAUCUAUUUUAUUUCACCUUGAUCCACAAGGAAUACUCAACAGUAUACAGAGCUAUUUCAUUGAAGGAUGCUGAAGAGUGGGUUGCUCAACUUAAACUAUCAAUAAAGUUAUUGGAAGCAUAACCAGCUUUGAUUAGCCAUCAUACAUUGCAUACAACAAUUGAGGAUGAGACUAAUGAUGAAAUUGAACUUUUAUAAUAAAAUUAAAAUUGGAAACUGCACAAGAUCUAUGAUAAACUUCGAUUGUAUUAUUCAGACGAUAGCAAAUUUCACUUUUUGAAAGGUGAAUGGACCAUAGGGAAACCUAUUAAAAUGGUUAAGAAAAUAUUUAUGAAUGAAAACAAUUUGAUAUAUUUUUAGCCAGGCUUAAAGAACCAUUAAACCAUAAAUUCAAAUCAAUAUUCUCAAUAAUACUCUCUGAGUUGCGGGAAAUAAAAAAAGCAUAGACAUCAAACUCAUAUUCAUUUCACUUACUUAAGAAAAUAAUAAAUAAAAUCAAGUUAUUUUAUCAUCUAAAGAAAUGUAUUAAAUUCUCAAUUGUUAACAGUAAGAUAUUCAUAAAUAAAGUAGAUUAAUUUCUAAUUAUUUGAAAAUGAUCGACAUUCAAAUUAGACAUAAUGUCAGAUUAUUAUUGUACUUAAGAAGUCUAAUGAUAAAUUGAUGCAUAAAUUUGCCAAAGAGUAUAUAAUCAAUCACUAAAUAAUAAAUUAUGAAUAUGAUCACAUAAUUGAUAAAAUUCAAGAGAAAUCUGAAGUCGUUUAAGAGACACAGAAUAAUAAGCAACAGCAAAAUAGCGUUGGUGGUUUAGAAAUAUAUUUUCUACCUAAUGAUCGUCUGGGAUUUUAGGAUGUCAACCCUAACAGAAACCAUCCUGCCUUGUAAAAUGAAGAGAAACAUUUAAGAUUUACUUAAUUGAACGAUAGAGAAAAGGAGAUCUUGAAUCAAUUCAGAGUCAAAAUGAAAAAUUUGGCAUUGAAUGAUAAUACAUUGAUUCGACACCUCUAAGCGAGACAAUUUGAUUUAAGCGCGUCUGAAAAAAUGCUUACAGAUAUUCUAGAAUGGAGAAAAUAAAACAACAUUAACUCUUAUGACCAUCGUAAGGAGAAGUAUGACUACUUUAGAAAAUAGAAUAUCUUGAUCAUGCUAGGGGAAGGCAAUGUGGGACAUCCAAUAUUUUACAUAAGAGCUGAAAAUAUAUUGCCUGAUGAAUAUAAGGAACCUAAUCCAACGAUUGAAACUUUUAUUGAAUAUUUCUGUUGUUUGAUGGAACAUAACAUUAGUAAUAUGAGAGGACAUAUUGAUUGUUAAAUCUUAAUAAUUGAUUGCUUUAACUUGAGUAGAAAAAAUGUUAGCUUGGAUCUGAUAAAAGCUCUGAUGACAUACGUUUUUAUGAAGUAUCCAGAACGACAGAUAAGGAAUAUUGUAAUAAAUACUGACUGGCUUGCCAAGUCGAUUUAUAACAUAGUUAAGAAAUUUCUACCAAAGAGGACUAUAGAGAAAAUGGCCUUCGCUGGGAAAGACCCAAAAGAAAUACUGCAGGUCCUAUCAAGAGACAUUGAUAUUUCAGUAAUCCCGAAGAAGUAUGGUGGUCUAAAUGAUUUAAUAAUAUGA